AUCAAACCCCUCGUCCUCACCACCAUUAUAACCACCAUUAUCUCAGGAACUAUCGUAGUACUAAUAAGCUCCCACUGACUGAUAGUCUGAAUCGGAUUUGAAAUAAAUAUACUGGCCAUCAUCCCCAUUUUAAUAAAAAAAUUUAACCCACGAGCCAUGGAAGCAUCAACAAAAUACUUCCUUACCCAAGCCACCGCAUCCAUGCUCCUCAUAUUAGGAAUCAUCAUUAACCUACUGCUAACAGGCCAAUGAACAGUACUGAACACCCCCAACCCAAUCACGUCGAACACAAUAACAAUGGCCCUAGCAAUGAAACUGGGACUCUCACCUUUCCACUUCUGAGUACCCGAAGUGACCCAAGGAAUCCCACUAUCUUCAGGAAUAAUCUUACUUACCUGGCAAAAAAUCGCCCCCCUCUCCAUUCUAUAUCAAAUCUCGCCCUCCAUUAACCCAAACCUACUAAUAAUUAUAGCGGCCAUAUCCGUCCUAGCCGGGGGCUGAGGAGGCCUCAACCAAACUCAACUACGAAAAAUCUUAGCCUAUUCAUCAAUUGCCCACAUAGGAUGAAUAAUCGCUGUAACAACAUACAACCCCACUCUUAUAUUACUAAACCUUACAAUUUAUACUAUAAUAACACUAGGAGCAUUCAUAUUAUUCACCCUAAAUUCAUCCACAACUACACUAUCAUUAUCCCACAUAUGAAAUAAACUCCCAUUAACAACCUCCUUAGUCCUAAUAAUUAUACUCUCCCUGGGAGGCCUCCCUCCCCUCUCAGGAUUUAUCCCUAAAUGAAUAAUCAUCCACGAACUUACAAAAAACGAUAUAAUCAUCGCAGCAAUAUUCAUAGUAAUAACGGCCCUACUAAACCUAUACUUCUACAUACGACUAACAUACGCAACAGCACUAACCAUAUUCCCCUCAACAAACACCAUAAAAAUAAAAUGACAGUUCGAGAACACAAAAAAUAUCAUCCUCCUAUCCCCUCUAAUUGUAACCUCAACCAUACUACUCCCACUAACCCCAAUAAUAACAACACUAUUCU